AACUUCAGAAUUUUUUGUUUCCCAUUUCUCUCAGAAAGUGUUUUUUUUUUUCUUGUUCUUUUUGUAAUCACUAAAUGCUUCAAAAGUUUGUCCACAAUUAUAUUUUGAAAAAUGUCUGAAUCUGUAGCAGCAGAGCAUGAUUACAUAGGUUUGUCAGAGUUUCCAACCAUGGAAGCAACAACAAUGUCUGACAAAACCAAAACCAGAGACAAUAACAACGGUCUCAAUUUCAAGGCUACCGAGUUGAGACUCGGUUUACCCGGUUCUGAGUCACCGGAGCGAGUCGACUCAAGAUUCUUGGCUCUCAACAAGAGUAGCUGUCCCGUGUCGGGUGCCAAAAGGGUGUUCUCCGACGCCAUUAACGAGUCUAACAAAUGGAUCUUCUCUACCGGAUCCACUACUGCUACUGGUGAUGUCGGGUCGGGUUCUGGUCCCGGUAGCUCCGUCGUCAAAGAUGGAAAGUCGACAACUUUCCCUAAACCGGCUGUUCCGGUUAAGGAGAAGAAGAGCUCUGCAACAGCUCCAGCUUCAAAAGCACAAGUGGUGGGUUGGCCACCAAUAAGAUCAUUCAGGAAGAACUCAAUGGCUUCUUCUCAAUCUCAGAAACCAGGUAAUAACUCAGAGACUGAAGAAGCAGAAGCCAAGUCUGGACCAGAACAACCUUGCUUGUAUGUCAAAGUGAGUAUGGAAGGUGCUCCUUACUUGAGGAAAAUCGAUCUCAAGACUUACAAAAGCUACCUUGAGCUCUCUUCUGCUCUUGAGAAGAUGUUCAGUUGCUUCACCAUUGGUCAGUUUGGGUCUCAUGGAGGGUGUGGGAGAGAUGGGUUAAACGAGAGUCGCUUGACUGAUCUCUUGCGUGGUUCUGAGUAUGUUGUUACCUAUGAAGAUAAAGACAGUGACUGGAUGCUGGUCGGUGAUGUCCCUUGGGAUAUGUUUAUAUGCUCCUGCAAGAAGUUGAGAAUCAUGAAGAGCUCUGAGGCUAUCGGCUUAGCUCCAAGGGUGAUGGAAAAGUGCAGAAGCAGGAACUAGGAAAAGCCCUUUUAUGUGAUAAUAUAUGAUUUGGGAAAAAAUAUGUUUUUAAGAAAUGUAAUAGCCAUUUUGUUUUGAAGUAUUCUUGUGUUUUGUGUGCUAGGAGUGAUGUUUGAUCUUUCUUAAAACAGCCUCUACUAAGCUCUAGCUCUAAUAAGGCCUCUUCCUCUUACUUCUGUCUCUAAUCAAUCUAAUGAAACAUA